AGGAUUUAGGUAUCUAUCCAUCAUCCAUGAAAAUCAACAGAAAAAAUAUUUUAUAUCAGACAAAUUUCUUGACAAAUUCAAUAGUCAAACACUAUAUGUAUAAUGGUCUACCAAUUCUUUAAGACCAUGAAUUGAUUUAGCUCAAGUUUGUGAAUAGAAAAAUAUAAAGGAUACUCCUCUGAGCCAGACAACUCGUCAGAAAAUUUACUCUUCAACUGCUAUGGAUUGUUUGAAUUUUAUGUACCAGUACAUAAAAAGUCACAUUUCUUAUUUUCAUUUGCAAUCACUGUUCUGGAAAGAUAUUGAGAUGACAAUUCUGAAUUAGACCAGAUGCAGUGUGGCAAAUUAAUUUAUUCGUCAUAACAGUUAUUUAAUAAAUGAGAGUACAUAAUUGCUAGCAAUGGAUGAAAUGAACCAUUAUUUAACCCCUCCUCCAUAUCACAUUGAUAGACCACCAUAUGAAAACCCUCCCAUCCACAAACACAAUAUGCCAUAUGAUAAUGAUGAUUACUUUAGUGCCUAUGAUGAUAACAACUAUAACAGCUAUGGUGCUCCGGAUGACAGAGGCAAGGAUCAGUAUGACAGUCGAAUGCCUCCUCACCAUACUCUUGGUCAUCCUGAAUUUCCAAACUAUGAACAUGACUUUAACCAGCCCUUCAGUGUCAGUUUUUGGGUACGUUACUUCCGCUACAUACCACACCUGAACCUGUCUUUCAACCGAGUAAAUGAUACCUUCAACCCUAAAUCAUCUGUGUACCAAGAGAGUCUGGGUUUGAUAGGAUGUCUGCCGGCCGUUCUGCUGCUCUACACAUUGCUGAUGCUGCUGCUGUAUCUGCUCACCAGGUGUUGUGACCAUAAGUCUCGUACUCGGAAAGCCAUCACCUGCUGCAAGGUUGCUUGUGUUCUGGCAUCUCUGGUAACAUUGGGUGCUGUGGGUGUAAGUGUGUGGGGCAGUCAGGAGGUGCACAACGGUGUCACUGCAGUGCUCCAUUCUCUGUCUCGCAUCACAGCGCAGCUCAUCACACUGCACACAAGCACUGACUCACUGACGAAUGAAGUGCGACUCAACUGGCAGCCUCAGCUUAGUCUCUUCCAAGAACGCAUCGAGAAUCAUGAGAUCGCCAACAUGACCGUGCGGGGUGCCCUGCUUGAUCAACUUUACUACAUGAGCACCAACAUCUCAGAUGCAUUGCUCAUCAAUGUUGAAGAUAUUGCUGCCAAGCAGAUGCGUAGUCCGGUGCUGGAUGAGCUGUACCGGCGCGUGGAGCUUGUCGAACAGAUCAGGUGGGCCAGUACGGUCACGCUUGCCUCUCUCCUCAUGCUCGUCGUGCUGGUGCUCAUGCUCGGGGCUGCUCGACACUCACGACCUACACUCAUCACUUUCUCGGUUCUGGGCCUCCUGUCUCUUAUAGUCUGCUAUGCGCUCACGUCACUCUACUUGGUCGUCUCCGUCGCCAUAUCUGACUGGUGCGUUGAUCCAAAUGGUGUGGCCAUGGAAGGCUGGUUAGGUGGAGUCUUCAGCAAACGUGUCGCCAACUACUACCUCAGGUGUGAUCCCGCACGUUCCUCGCCCUUCACAAAGCACCUGACACGCGCCAGGCAGUCCGCAGACAGCGUCCUGAAGGCCCUGCAUGGCAUCAUGAAGCUCGCUGACCAGCACUACCCCAAUGAGAUGGCACUGAAGGCAAUUGAAUCUCGUUGCAUGCAUUUAAGGCAAUUGAAUCUCGUUGCAGGCAUUNGAUGGUGCACCACACGUGCAACACUGCCGUGUAUGUUACUCAGUGUGAUGGUGCACCACACGUGCAACACUGCCGUGAAUGGAGUAGUCUACCUGCUGUUCAGUGCCAAGGGCUCGGCUAUACUCUUCACAGUACUGGUCUGGCUCGCAUCACACACCUGGAUCUACCUUAAUUCCAAAGUGGACACCGGCAGCGUGGAGGAGCGUGACCCGUUCUUGCCAGGUGGCGGCGGCCGGAGCAGCGGCGGUGCCGGCAGCAGCGGCCGCAGUAACGGCGGUGGCGGUGGCGGUGGAAGUCGUGCAGGAACCCUGAAUUCCCUCAGCGGUGGAGGCCGUGGGGCAAGACAUUCACAUACUCCCCCUCAGACCCCUCCCUUCCCCGGCACCCUGAACGGACGUCUCUAUCAACACCAUCCACAUUCUGGCACGUACAAAAGUGACGGCGGAAUGAACGGAGGUGGUAACGGUGGGGGAGGUUCCCACCACCACCAUCAUCACCACCACCACCACACUGCCACCAUGCCUCGAGACUCGCACUCCCACCACCAGGGCCCCCCGACUGGCCCCAACCAAGGCCAAUAUGCAACACUUUCAAAGCAAUGCAAGACCCUCGAGUCAUCGGACUUCUACUGAGAGUACGGCCUCAUUCGCAAAAAUAAUGAGAAGAUCUACUGAGUGCGGGAGCUUCUUGGCAAAGUUGAUGCUGAGCUGAACUCUUAACUGCCCUUGCUACCCGAAAUAGGGUGUUUGAGGGUUAGUAGCUUUUCUAUUACUUAUCGUUAUUGAUCAAACAACUGACACCUGUCAUUUGAAUAAUAUAUAAUUAUCAUGAUAAUAGUUCAAACUUGUGGCAUCAAAUUUAUAGAGCUUCGUUUGAGAGCUGCCAAAUUAAUGUGCAAUAAUGUUAUCCUGUACUAAAUGGCAUUGAAAUUUGCCAUUUAUAUUCAGAUAACCAGCUUUGCGUUCGGCCGAACAUUCUUCACGUGUCAAACCAGACUCUCUUGUAUUAUCCUCGGUCCUCUCCUGUACGAUAAAUACUUGUCCUUGUUGUUAGAAGUUAGAACCUUGAAAAGCCAUGGAUUCUGAGACUAUACGUACUAUAGUCUUGAACGUUAAAGUUCCAUCUGAAACUAAGAGUGAACAUUUACCUGCAAUAAAGUGCUACGAUGAAGACUGCAGUGCGGUGCAUCUAGUGAAAUAUUCCUCAUAAACACGUUGUAUCUGGUGACAUUGGUGGCAUGGUAAGUGAAACUAUUCUGUAGGUGAACGUUAUUUGUUGCCGAAGCAACAUAAAUGAAAGUUUUACAGGGAGAAACUAUGUUGAAAACUCCUUUGUGAUUUACGGAAGCUGGUGAUUCAAAGGAUCGAUUGAUCCUCGCUGUUUCAGCUAUGGAAAUGCGACAGCUUAAUGAGUGAUGAAUUUAGUAGUGUAGGUAACUAAGUGGCUUUGAUUUAUGUACCAAACCGGCAGCUUAGAUAAUAAAACGUCAUUGUAAACUUAUCCCUGUGAAUAUUUAUCGUAUUCGUUCCUUCUUUAGAUUAACUCAAAUUUUUUGUGUUCUUUCUAUGUUCAUUCAUUAGUGAAAUUUGAUUCCAGAUAUCGUGUUGCUAUGACUUCAUGACGAUAUUUUUGAUGUGAUCUGCUAGACCCUGGAAUAUAUUAUUCUCAUAACUAAUUCCAGAAAUUGUAGUGGAGGGUUUGGUGAGUGCAGUUGACUGCAUGUUAUGCAUUUCUUUAUAAUUUCUGUGCCUUGCAUUUUACAUUGGCUUCUAAUUUUCUGUUAAAUCUGUUUUAUAAAAGUUUUUGUAAUUUUUAU